AUGCUUAGACGGUUGGGCUUAUCUUCCUUGUUGAAACCGAAAAAUCCUCAUUCGCUGGAAUACCUGAAGUACUUACAUGAAGUACUUCGCAAAAAUGAGCACGUUACAGAGAAUAAUCGCAAGUUAUUGGUGGAAUGCCUAAGAGCAGUUGCUGAAAUUUUAAUUUGGGGUGAUCAGAAUGAAAGUUCGGUUUUUGAUUUUUUCUUAGAACGACAAAUGUUGGAAUAUUUUCUUUCUAUAAUGAAACAAAAUUGUGGAUCCUUUAUCUGUGUUCAACUAUUGCAAACGCUCAAUAUUUUAUUCGAAAAUAUACGUCACAAGACGUCUUUAUAUUAUUUGCUCAGCAAUAAUCAUGUUAAUUCAAUCAUCACAUAUCGUUUUAAUUUUGAAAAUGAGGAGAUUAUGGCAUAUUACAUAUCCUUCUUGAAAACGCUUUCCUUUAAGCUCAAUAUGUAUACUAUACAUUUCUUUUUCAAUGAGGCUAAUCAAGACUUCCCAUUGUACACAGAAGUCAUCAAAUUUCAAAAUCAUAGUGAAGCUAUGGUGCGCAUUGCAGUACGAACGACCACACUGAACAUAUACAAAGUGGAAGAUGAAGCAAUGCGAAGCUUUGUUCAUGCUCACUCCCGGGUUUACUUUUGUGCUUUGAGUGAUUCUAUUGCAAGGCAGUCAAUUGAAAUCGAUCAUUUCAUUCGGUCAGCUGAAAAUGAAUCUAGCAAUCGCAAAAGGCUUGAUGCUAUGAUUGAUGAUUACCUUGAUUAUAUGCAUUACCUCAAUGAUGUUUUACUUAUAAAAGAUGAAAAGCUUUCUUCUGUGCUCAUUGAAGUGGUUUCUGAAAGACUGCUGGGGUCGCUGUAUCUUUCAUCUCUCGGCGAUAUUCGUCGUCUUCAUCCCACUAUUGCUGUUUUAACACCAGUUUCCACUCUCUUCUUUCUUACCCACUUUCUGCUGAUCGUCGAUAAUUUCCAGGCAGUACAAACAUUUUUGUCGUCAUUUUUUUUUGGUGAUGGUUCUGAUGUGGAGUAUCAGUGGAUUCGCAAUGAAAAAGCAGCUUGGGUUCUUGUAAAUAUGAAAGCUAAAGACAUUGAGUCGAGAGCAUUUUUUAACGGGUAUAUGAAUGCAUUGAUUUGUUCGAAAAAUGAUCAUUCGGCUUUUUACGGGCUUAUUUUCAUUUAUGCUCUUUGUCAAAACAAAGGGGCGCGAGGGGAAAUUCUGGAAGCUGUACAGUUCACUUCCGAUGUUUUUGGUCCUUCCGAUCACAAUUUCCUAAACGGAUUGCUGGAUAUCAUAGCGAGAAGUGCUGAAGCAGACUCGUUUAUUCGUACAAUAACAGUUGAAUUAUGCUGUAUUGUCUUAAGGCAGCUAUUACUGGUCAUGGAUGCAUCUAUAGAUACUCAAGUAGAAUGCGAAAGAAGAGCAGGCAAAGUUAUAUCAAGCGUUGUUAUUAUGCUCACACCGUCUGUUUAUUCGGAAGAACUGUUUUUGGAAAUGUUUGAAGAUGAAUUUUAUAAUUUUGAGAGAAAUAGGAUCAAAAUUAGAAGUGUUAGUACUGAUUCAUCACUUUUGCUUCCUCCUCCUAGUACACCACUGAAUGGUGUUUCUCUUAAUAAACGUCUUCCAUGUGGCAAUGAAGAACGAAUAAGAAAGAAUAUCCAGCUGUUCUUCCACUUGAGACACUUUGCGUUAGACCUUCGCGAUGAGGAAGAAACACAUUUACCAAUAUCAUCUAAAACUGAUGUAUUUGUUGAAGUAAACGACUGUAUUAACCUCGAAAACAGUGAUUUGCUUGCUUGUACAGUUGUUAUGAAUGAGAAAAACGAGAAAGUCCACCGAUUCCUUGUUACGGAUCAGGCGCAGUUAAUACUGGUAGAGCCAGAUAACAAGCACAUGGGGUGGGCCGUUGUCCGUUUUGUUGGUCUCUUACAAGACACUCAACUAACGAGUGACCUUGAAGACAGUCGUGCACUUCAUAUCAUUGUUAAUGAUGUGAGUAAUCGUUCGGAAGCAAACAAUGCUGUUUAUUUCAAUGCAAAAUUUUUAUUUGAUGACCAUAUCCGAUGUAUGGCUGCCAAACAACGCCUCACCAAGGGUAGACAAAUGGCAAGGCAAUGUAAACUGGAUCAGAUCUGUGAUUUGUUUGGAAUCGCACGUAAGGCUUCUGUAUGGAGAAGUAAUAAGAAUCCAUUUCGGAUAGUUAAAGGUUGUCCACCCGGGUCAUUACGGAGACAGUCACAAAUAAACAGUCCACGUAGCAGCAGAUCAUCCAGCAGUUCAUUGCAUAUUGUUCCAGAUGAUCCUAAACAUGGUGUAGGUCCUUCAACAAACAAAGAUUGGAAAAUAGAAGACAUGUAA